AUGGAGAGGGUUUGUGAGAACACGGUGUCUGUUGAGCUCAAGCAAACUAAGUCGAACAACUUCGUCCCGUUCAUCCGGUCAGGGGAGUGGUCUAAUAUUGGAGGUCGCGAUUACAUGGAACAUGCCCAUGUUUGCAUCUCUGAUCUGGCGAAGAAUUUUGGCUCUAACUCAGCGGUUGAUGAAGUCAUCUCCUUCUACGGGAUUCCAGGAAGAGGAACUGAAAGGGGCGAGCUGAAGGCUGACAAAGACAAAAUUAUGAGAGAGUAUAGAGCUCAACUGGAUGCUGAAAGAGCUCAAAAGCUAGCAAACGGAAGAAAUCACUCAAGGUUAAACUCAAAAUCAUCAUCUUCCAAGAAAGAGAGGAAGGAUAAGGACGCAAAGAAAAGAAGUAAAAAGAGGAGAAAGCACAAAAGUUCAUCAGAGUCAAGUUCCAGCUCAUCUUCAGAAUCUUCAAGCAGCGACGAUGAGGAUAGGGGUUUAAGGAAGUCUAGAUCACAGUCGAGAUCAAAGAGAACAAGGAAGGAAAAGAAGAGCCGGUCAAGGUCCAAGCGCAGAGGCAGUGAAAGCGAGGAGGAAGGCCCGGUUGAGCGAGCCGUUUACCAUGGUGUUCUCAAUAUGAUGCUCAGCUGUUAAGAGGGUAUGGUCAAGUU